AUCCAAAUCCUAAACCCUAUAUACCUAUAGUCACAUAUACUUACGGUCUCUCGUGAAACGAACAUCAGGUUUUAUCAUCAAUUUUUGGCAAAUUUUUAAAAUAAUUUUAACGUAUAAGAUUCUGUUGUUAUUUUCUAAUUUUGGAUACAAUAUGUCUUGCGGUCAGUUGGGCAUUAAUUGCGAAGGACACUCCAAAGGCGUGGUGGAGAUGGGAUUCAGCAAGGUCUGCGAAUCGGGCUACUACCUAGCCUCAGCAGGACUCGACAAAUUGGUGGUACUGCGACAUGGUGACACUGGAGACUGGGUCGGCACCUUGACUGGCCACGAGGCCGGAGUUUGGAGCGUGUGCUUGAAUGACGACGCCACCCUAGUGGCCAGUGGCAGUGGUGAUCAAACAGCACGCAUCUGGUGUGCAGUCACUGGCGAUGAGCUGGAAAAGUUUUUGCUCCCGGAAGGAGUGUCCUGUGUGGACUUGAACGAUAAGUCCACACUAUUGGUGACUGGAUGCUUGGGAGAAGACCCCAUUGUCACUCUGUUCGAUCUUAAUGGGGCUGGUGGGAUACCAUUGAUGACUUUGAGUGGACAUUCGAGGGGCGUGAGGAAUGCCAUUUUCUGUCGGAACAGUUUCUCGAUUCUCACUUCGUCCUACGAUCGCACCGUAAGGAUGUGGGACUACGUGAGCGGCAUGGAAACUCAUUCGAUUGUCGUGCCUCACCACGCCAAGUCCCUGGAACUCAACGCUGAUAACAAUAUCGUGACCAUAGCUUACGGCAACAGCGUCAUCUUCUUGGAUACCAGAAAGUUUAAUGUCCUCAGCCAGCGAAAGUUGGACUUCAAGGUGUCUGGUGCAUCCUUGCACCCGAAUAAGGAGUCCUAUAUCUGCAUCCUUGCGGAUGGUCGGCUGAACAAGUACGACUACGUGACGGACAAUCUGCUGGACAGCUUCUUUGCCCACAAGGGCGAUCCCAUCUGCUGUGUCGGGUACAGUCCCGAUGGCGAGGUCUAUGCCAGUGCCUCCUGCAGUGGUGAAAUGAUGUUGUGGCAGCAAAAUGUGGGCAAAAAGUACGGUCUGUGGGCCAGCUCCAUGGACGGCUGCAGCAGCGAAGAUGCGGAUGAUGAGGAUGAGGAGGAUGAUGAGGAGGAGGAGGAGGAGGACGCGGAGGACCCGGAGGACCCGGAGGUCGCGGAGGACGCGGAGGAUGCGGAGGACCCGGAGGUAGCAGAUGACGAGGAGGACGCAGAAGACGCGGAGGACUCUAUCAGUUAG